CAUGGACUCAACUUCAACACUAAUAUCGCAACAUCUAAGAGGUUGAAACGGUAAGAAUCGAGUGUAAUCCGGGCUUCCUUCUCACUCGUCAUCUAAUCAAAUUAUCAAUGGAUGCCGUGUCGAAAUACAGCCUCGCCAGCCUGGCCUGGCUCAGCGCGCAAGCAGUGCCACUCAUUAUCUGGCCCUCCCUUGUCAGCACCCUCCUCCGCGCCGAUUCCCCGCAGCAGCCAGGCAUCCAAUACAGCCCCGCCAAUGCCGCGCUCGAGCAAUACUUUGCCCGCUCCCUGGGGCUCUCUCAGCUCGCCCUAGGGAGCUUGCUCCUCGUUCUCUCCGGUGUCCUCCCGCUUGACUCGGCGGUAGAAGCUCCUGAAGAUGUAGCAGCAGGCGCCACACCCAUAGCCAACGCCGCCGUCCUGAUCUCUGCGCUCUACCACGCCGCCGCGGCGUCCUACUCGUAUAUGCGCUACUACGCCACGGGCCAGCUGGCGUACCUCCUUGGCUGCUUGUGCGCCAGCGUGCUGGCGACGUUUGGAUUGUGGGUGCUGAUGUUUGCCGGGAACAGGCGGUUGAGCCGACGGACGGGGGCGGACAAGGAAACGAGCGGCUGGCCGUUCAAAAAUGUGGAAGCUGAAAAGAAGAAGAAGAAGAGAUUUUAAGAAUUGUGGACUG